CCAGAUAUAACUCAGGACAUCACAGAGCCCUGUCGCAGGUGGAGAAUUGUUCUCCCUAUUUCCCAGCCAGGGAAAGCUGGCAGGAGCUGGGGGAAAGCACUCCCCACAGGCUCUGCACUCCGUGACAGACCCAGGUGGAGGGUGAAGAACAGCAGUUUGAGGAGGCCACUGGUCUGGCAGCCCCUCCCUCCUGCCACCUACCAGGGGAGAUCGGGGCAUUUCCUUGGAGAUGCCCCAGUGCCUUCUCUGGAUCUGCCUGGCUGUGUGGGAGGCCAGAGGGGACCUCCCAUUCAUUGCUGAGAAUGACGCUGCCCUGAUGGUGAACUGGAAUGCAGUCAAAGAACACAAAAAACUUUACGCCAUUUAUGAAACCAGCGUGAACGAUCCAGGGAACAUGUCCUUUGUGAAGGAGACGGUGGACAAGCUGUUGAAAGGCUACGACAUUCGCCUGAGACCCGACUUCGGGGGUCCCCCGGUCUGCGUGGGGAUGAACAUCGAUAUCGCCAGCAUAGACAUGGUUUCCGAAGUCAACAUGGAUUACACCUUAACCAUGUAUUUUCAACAAUAUUGGAGAGAUAAAAGGCUUGCCUAUUCUGGGAUCCCUCUCAACCUCACGCUUGACAAUCGAGUGGCUGACCAGCUAUGGGUGCCUGACACAUAUUUCUUAAAUGACAAAAAGUCAUUUGUGCAUGGAGUGACAGUGAAAAACCGCAUGAUCCGCCUUCACCCUGAUGGGACGGUGCUGUACGGGCUCAGAAUCACCACAACCGCAGCAUGCAUGAUGGACUUGAGAAGAUACCCCUUGGAUGAGCAGAACUGCACGCUGGAAAUUGAAAGCUAUGGCUAUACCACAGAUGACAUUGAAUUUUACUGGCGUGGAGGUGAUAAGGCUGUCACUGGAGUGGAGAGGAUUGAGCUCCCUCAGUUCUCUAUUGUGGAGCAUCGUCUGGUCUCAAGGAAUGUCGUCUUUGCCACAGGUGCCUAUCCUCGGCUCUCAUUGAGCUUUCGGUUGAAGAGAAACAUUGGAUACUUCAUUCUCCAGACUUACAUGCCCUCGAUACUAAUUACGAUUCUCUCAUGGGUGUCCUUCUGGAUCAAUUAUGAUGCAUCUGCAGCUAGAGUUGCCCUUGGGAUCACUACCGUGCUGACAAUGACAACCAUCAACACACACCUCCGGGAGACAUUGCCCAAAAUCCCCUACGUCAAAGCCAUUGACAUGUACCUCAUGGGCUGCUUUGUCUUUGUGUUUCUGGCCCUUCUGGAGUAUGCCUUUGUCAACUACAUUUUCUUUGGAAGAGGCCCUCAAAGGCAGAAGAAGCUUGCAGAAAAGACAGCCAAGGCGAAGAAUGACCGUUCCAAGAGUGAAAGCAACCAGGUGGAUGCUCAUGGAAAUAUUCUAUUAACAUCACUGGUGGUUCACAAUGAAAUGAAUGAGGUCACAGGCAGUGUCGGUGAUACCAGGAAUUCAGCAAGACCCUUUGACAACUCAGGAAUCCAGUACAGGAAACAGAGCAUGCCUAGGGAAGGGCAUGGGCGACACAUGGGGGACAGAAGCAUCCCGCACAAGAAGACCCAUCUACGGAGGAGGUCUUCACAGCUCAAAAUUAAAAUUCCUGAUCUAACCGAUGUGAAUGCCAUAGACAGAUGGUCCAGGAUCGUGUUUCCAUUCACUUUUUCUCUUUUCAACUUAGUUUACUGGCUGUACUAUGUUAACUGAGUGACUGUACUUGAUUUUUCAAAGACUUCAUUUAACACUGAGUGAAAUAUUACUCUGCCUGUCAAGUUUUUAUACCUGUACACACACACAGACACACACAAGCAGACACACAUAUAUACAUACGCAAUUGUAUAUAUAUGUGAACUUUCUCAGCAUAUAUAUAAAAUACACGUGUAUAUGAGGAUGUAUGUGUAUAUGUUUAUACACACAGGUGUAAGUACCCAUGUGUAUGUAAAACAAAUACACAUACAUAUAUACAUUUUGCAGCUAUGGACAAUUUAACACAGGAUGCAUAUUAAAGAAAGUCAUAGUUUUUUCUUUUUUAAUUGAAAGGGACAAGCAUCGUCUAAAUAUUAUGCCUUGAGAAUGAGGGUGUGAAACACAUCAUCCAGAAAUAUGUGUUUUAUUAUCAUAAGUUAGAUGUUUUAGUUUGAAAAUCAGAAAGAAAAUCUUAGUUAAUCUUCAAAAAUUCAUUCAGUGGUAUUGCUAGUUUAAAAUGAGUCACAUACUUCAUAUUGUUUCUGUUUACUAAGCGAAGGCUUUUCAGCUUUUUUGGUGAUGGGGUUUGCUUUCAUCAGGCACACUUUUUCUGUAACGGUUUAGUGGAUGAGGUGAGCCACUGGUGUGUGCUCACCUGUUGUCUUAAAUAUAGAUAGAUCCCACGUUGAUGUCUGAAACAUCCAUCUUUAGAAAACCCAUCAGGAAUGGAUGGCAUCUCAUUGUAAGUACUCUUAAUGUAUAGUGUAUUUUUUUGUUGUUGUUCACUUGGAGUGGAUUCAGCUUACCUGUCAUAUGGGAAUACAAUGGCAUGUUUUGGCAAUGUUUAGUUGACAUUUCAAUCACUGAAAAUGUGCUCCACAUCUUGUAUGGAUUUCUAGGCCUGAUCUAACAGAAAGCAUAGACGUCUCAGGUUAUUUGUUACUCUAAGGUAAAACCAUCUAGGAUGAUUUUCCCCCUUGUCUUUAUGUUAUCAAUCACUCUUAUAACAUUGUAUGUUAAUAUGAAGUAUAUUUGCAUAAUAUGCAUAUAUAUGUAUAUUUACCAAUAUUUUGUUUCUUAAUGCUUGCUAUCAUGGCAGCAUGCGAUGUCAUAAUUUUCCUUUACAUGAUGUAACUACUUUCUGUUACCUAGAAUUAAGAUUGAAGCUUAAAACACAUUUACUGUUCAAUUUCAGAAACCAAGAAACAUCUUCAUGCCUUCAUUUCUGUAUCUGACAUAUUUCAUAAGCACAUCCAACUACUCCUAGUCUAACUAGGAUGCUGCAGGAACAUGACCAGUACACACCACGCGUCACCCAGUAAUCCAUGACCGUUCUCUUGAGGCAAAGGAAAGAAACCCAACAACAAACAGUCAUUUUUGGUUCCUUCUGAUCCACAGCCUCAUCAGUAUUUGGACUUUUUAAAGCUCGUAGAAACAAGACAAGGUGCACCGGUUUCAUAGACGCAACCUUAACUUACUAUUUAGAUGAGAUCUUUCUAAAGAAAAAAAAAGAGAUGAUAUAUUUUUUGUAAACAAUAUUUCUAUCACAGGCCUCCAUAAAUGGAAAUGACUACAGUUGUGCAAACAGAUGUCACAGUGAGGUUAAGCAUUUGGAGAAAAAAAGCAAAAUAUUCAGGAAAGAACUGCUAAAUUAAUACUUUAUCCCAACAUGCCACAUAUGCCUCACCUUCUCUGUUCUAUCCUAAGCCAAUGACCAAAAUCUUGUCCAAUAUGCUACUAGCUGGCACCAGUUUGCUCCACGUAGAUAGAGGCACCACCUUCCCUGAGGAUGCAUGUGGUGUGAACUAUCACCAUAAGCUUACCAUUACUUGAUUUUUCUUUGGUAUAAAGAUAACAAUCUUUAAUUUGUGGAAGUCUGUCACAGUUCAAGACCCACUGUCAGGUAAAACACAACCCACAAAAUCUCAUGCUAGAAGCAAUGACUAGUUUUUUACCUUAACCCCUCCUUCAUUCCGACCUUUCUACAACAUCUUCCACCUACUGCUCUCUGGUUUUAUUUUGUAUCUGGAGAUUAGCCAGUGAUUUCUGGUCUUGGGCUUUUCUCUGAUAAUUUUUUUUUCAUGGGUAACAAUGAGGGAUCCUAAAAGUUAAAUAGAUUGGGAAAAACCUUGUAAGUGGCCUUAUCAUUGUUAACAUGUUAAAGAAAAAAGACAUUUGUGAAGACCUUAUCCCUUUCAAUACUUCAGGUAUCUUUUUCUGUAUCCAGUGAUUCAAGGAGUAAGCUCCACAUGCAGAAGAGGGACCCCAAAAUGCAAAUGAAUAUGGACAAAAGCAAUCAAUGCUCGAUUUACUUGUACAAUUUAUACUAUUCAGAACUGUGACAUUAAUUCUUUCUGUGAGAAAAAUGAUUCAAAACAUUUUUGAUGCAUAGUUGAGGUACCCAAUUAUCAAAGGAAGAGACCCUAUGGGGCUCAGAAGAGCUGCAGUCUACUUACCAAGGUUUUCUGGUUAUAAAUUUGCAUGGUAUAGUCAUAAUAGCUUUUGAGCUUUUUAUAUGCAUUUGGCACCAAGACUGGGAUCCACAACUUUGUAGACACUGCGAUGAAGUUAACAUAAUAGCUAUACUAUAAAUAGUGUUUGUAACUACACACAUACAUACACACAUACACACACACACACACACAAAUACAUACAUAUAUUCUGUAAAAAAAAAACUUUUUAAGAUCCUUGGGUAUGUGUUUGCUUUACUCCAUUUCAGAAGAAAAUUACUUUUCUUCUAAUAAAAUUAUUUUAUAGCUUCUCCAUUUUUAAAAGUUGUGAGAAAUAUUGAGAAGCAGAACUCUGUGCUGACAGAAGAGAGUUGAGUUUGGUUCUCUGUUCUGUUUCAAUGACCUCUCAUUAUUCCACAGUAGUUACUGGAGCCAGUGUGCAAGCUGUAUUGAUGAAUUCUGAACCUGGACCUCCGACAUUAAUGUGAGGUGGCUGUCACCCACAUCCAGACAUCUUGAGUAAGGAGAGAAAAGUUGAAUUUGGAAUAUAAUGGUAUUUCUUUCUCAACAACUGAACAUAAUAAAAAGUUAAUUUUCUAUGUA